ACGGCAGCCCCAGUGAUGCAUUCCACCGACUCCUGCUGAAGUUACCUGACUGAGAAUUUUUCGACUCUUCGGUGAAGAAAGAAAAGGCGAAAACACUGGGAAAUCGAGAGGGGGAGGGUGCCACUCGUAUACACCCGGGCAUGCCAGUCUGGUUUCUGUGAUCCAGACCUAGACACCCAGCAGAAGCCCCCUCAAGUUCUUCCUGCUGCACCUUCAGUGUCUCCUGACUUGUUUUCCCCUCAGUUAAGGCCUUGUGAAAGGUGGACGGGCCAACCCUGUACCUCCCCAGGCGCCGUCCGAUAGGUGAGGGCGGCGAGGGCUGCGCUGUCAUUGGCUGUCUGCUGGUGAGAGUGCGAUGCGGAUUGGAGCAUGUCGGGGGACUGGGAUGAAGACCUGUGUAAGAAGGCGCUAAUGUUGGUGGAGGAGCUGUGCUUCAACUCCCCGAGGAGUUACAGUCAGAGCGAGCGCUGCCAGGAGUUCAGCUACCUGAUGAGGGGCCGAAUCAGCCAGAUGGACUCUGAGAUCUCUGUCAGCCUGCUGUCAGUCAUCGUGACGUUCUGCGGCAUCGUCCUCCUCUCCGUCUCCCUCUUCGUCUCCUGGAAGCUCUGCUGGCUGCCAUGGCGGGACAAGGAGGGUGGAGGUCUGAGCCUGGCAUCGGCGUUGCUGCCCGGGAGCGCUGGUGUCGGAAACCUCGGAGGUGCUGCGGGGUCGUCACUCUUACCCCCGCUGCUACAGAGGAAAGAGGGCCAGUCCUCUUCCUCACUCUACCCCUCCCUGGGCCAGCAGGGCCAGCACCACCCGCAUUUCUCCGACCUGGUGGGGCUGGAGAGGGGGGAAGUUGGAGGGGUGGUUGGGGGACCGAAUGAGACCCAGGAGCCCUCCUACCUGGACAUGGACUCCUACCCCAACAAUGCCGGGACUCUGAAGCUGAGUCAGACGUCUCCAGACGUGCCCAACUCGGAGGGCGGAGCCCAUCCGCACAAAGAUCUGCCCAAUGCUCACUCCCAGCAGCAGGUUACCCCGAGGCCAAAGCCUAUGACGCACCAGCUCUCCAGCCCGGACUUUCACGGCGAGGAGAAGGAGCAGGUCACCUGCAUUGGGCAGAUCAAGCCGGAGCUCUACAGACCCAAAGGCGACCAGGGAGACGGCAAACAGGGAGACACGUGUGGCAAGAUCAGCUUCCUCCUGCGCUACGCCUUCAACACGGAGCAGCUGGUGGUGAAAAUACUCAAAGCUUUGGACCUGCCGGCGAAGGAUGCCAACGGCUUCUCUGACCCAUACGUGAAGAUUUACCUACUGCCAGACAGGAAGAAGAAAUUCCAGACAAAGGUCCACAGAAAGACCUUAAAUCCAGUGUUCAACGAAACGUUCCAGUUUGGCGUGCCGCUGAACGAGCUACAUUCCAGGAAGUUGCAUUUUUCCGUGUAUGACUUCGACCGAUUCUCCAGGCACGACUUGAUAGGCCAAGUCGUGGUGGACAACCUGCUGGACUUCAGCGAGGGCAGCGGGGACAAACCCAUCUGGAGAGACAUCGUGGAGGGCACAGCAGAAAAGGCCGACCUCGGGGAGCUUAAUUUCUCGCUGUGUUACCUGCCCACUGCAGGCAGGCUCACGGCAACAAUCAUUAAGGCCACCAACCUCAAAGCCAUGGACUUGACCGGUUUCUCAGACCCGUAUGUGAAAGCCUCUCUGAUAAGCGAGGGGCGAAGGCUAAAGAAGAGGAAGACCUCCAUUAAGAAGAACACGCUGAAUCCCACGUACAACGAGGCGCUGGUGUUUGACAUUCCCAACGAAAACAUAGAAAGUGUAUCCAUCAUCAUCGCAGUGAUGGAUUAUGACUGCAUCGGUCACAACGAGGUGAUAGGGAUGUGUCGCGUGGGCAGCGAGGCCGAAGGCCCCGGGAGGGAGCACUGGACGGCCAUGCUGGCCAAUCCACGCAAGCCCAUCGAGCACUGGCAUCAGCUCGUGGAGGAAAAAGCUAUCGGUACGUUUGUGUCAAAGAGCGCCACGACGCCCUCCCCAAAGCCGCACAUCGUGGUGGACAGUCCCCACUCUGACUGAAACCCGUCAUUAUCAUCUCAACAGCUCCAGACUUUCUUUUUUUCCUCUCAUCUGUGAAUAAUUCUCUCCAUCAAAGACAGAGAGACGCGGAGACGCUGCUAGUGUCCAACUGCUAGUGCUGUUUUGCUCCCGCUAAUGAAUACUCCAACAACUCCUGUGCAGUCCUUACUGAGACAGAAAGGGGCCGAAAAAAUACCCUCAUCCAAUCACGAGCUACACUCUGAGCGUCGGACCACACCUAGCAACCGUGCGAACGUGAAACAACGCCGUAGAACUGAUACCAGGUGUAAAUUAGGGGGUUUAGCAAGGAGAUGCACACACUCUUCUUACACACACAUAAAAGUUUGUAGUAUGUGCGUAGUUCAUGUGCUCUUCAGGUUAGUGUAGUAUCUCAUCUAGAAGGAGUGUGAUGUGAAAAACCUUUCUCUCUUGAAUAAAAAUAAACAUUAAAAAAAAAGGAAGCCAUCACGGGAUGGCCAUUUAAACCAGGACCAAAGGUUCAUGCCCUUGUACAGACUCUAAAGAAGAGUUUUUUCUUUGCAACAUUGGUGUAUAGUAUAUGCCAUACUGUAUAGGAAAAACAUCUCAUGUAGUAUCCAGCAGGACGAACUAUCCGUGGUGGAUCCUCCAGGCCAUUUUGGGCGCCUUCUCCAGGGUUUUUACCCUCUGGUUUCAGAGUUAACUCGCUUAUUUUCCCCAGAGGAAAAUCUAUGAAGCGUCCAGUGGUCUUUAUUGAUGUCAGAAAAGUGAAAAAUAAGGACACACUCAUUGGCCGAAGCAUGUUACACACUUUUUGAAAUGUGUUCCUCUUCCUCAUGCUCAUCCUCAUCGGUGUGUUUUUUUUUUUUAAAAACGAUUCGGCUUCGUCAUUCGCGUGAGUUAAACGCUCACACGUCCAUCAGGAAUGGAGUCGAUUCAGGCCAUUUUUACCGUCCACCGAGGACAGGAUGGAGCGAGCUAGUGGGAGACAUGGACCUUAAGGUCAUUUUUGGCCAUCAGGCCUGAGCUGGCUGACUUUUUCCUGAAGCAGGACCCGACAAGUUUGGGACUGGACCAGCAUCUGUUCAGAGGACUUUAUCCCGCAGGGAAGGAUAUCACCACUCUCUUAUUUUUGUAUCAUUCCAGGACAUGAAAAGAAAAAAGAAAAAAAGAAAUCAUCGCACCUCAGCUGAUCAUUUUUUUUUGAGGACUCACACGUCCGUGUUGCUUUUAUUAGUGAGUGUUUCUGUGUUUUCGUGGGUGUGUUUGUUUUGUAUUUGUGCGUGUGCGUGUGUGUGUGUGUGUGUGCGAAUGUC